CCCAACCAAUACCAAUUCCAUAGAAAGACGCGUAUAUCCAGGCCGUUACGAGGAUUUUGCACGAUGUCAACAGGGUCAAACAAUCCAUUCAGCUUAAAAGUUCCUUCAACAGCGCCGGCAGUACCAGGCGGGCUGCUCCCUUGCAAGUACAAGACGGGACGCACGCUUGGUGCUGGUGCUUAUUCAAUUGUGAAGGAAGCAACAAACAUAGAGACAAAUGAAAAGUUUGCUGCCAAAGUAAUCAACAAGAAAAUGAUGGAGAAGAGAGAGUAUAUGGUGAAAAACGAAAUUAUGAUUUUAAAAAAGGUUUCCAAUGGACAUCCAAACAUUCUUCGUCUGUACGACUACUUUGAAACCGUUCAUAAUUUGUACCUUAUUACGGAACUCGCUACGGGCGGUGAAUUGUUUGACCGUAUUUGCCAGAAGGGUUCCUUCUACGAAACUGAUGCUGCCGAACUUGUCCGAACAAUUACGUCGGCAGUCAAGUACCUGCACGACAAUAACAUUGUCCACCGCGACCUGAAGCCCGAGAACUUGUUGUACCGUUCGAAAGACGAAGACUCCAACCUUCUUAUUGCCGACUUUGGUUUGUCAAAAAUUUUCGAUGUGGAACAGUACUCCGUACUGAUGACAACUUGUGGAACUCCCGAGUACAUGGCUCCUGAGGUCUUCCGCCGUUCAGGCUAUGGCAAACCAGUAGAUAUCUGGGCCAUUGGUGUCAUUACCUACUUCAUGCUCUGCGGCUAUACGCCGUUUUCGCGUAACUCGUCGGUCCAGGUGAUGAAUGCCAUUCUCACCAACGACUUCACGUUUCACGAGAAAUACUGGGAUCAUGUUUCUGAGACGGCUAAAGACUUUAUUCGUCAAUGUUUGAACGACGACCCGAGUAAGCGCCCUACUGCCGAGCAGGCCCUCGAGCAUCCAUUCCUGAAGAAAGCUGUUACCAAACCCGCCGUUCCAGCACCCGAAACUACUCCUGCUACUCCUCCCAAAGAUUUGCUUCCAGGAGUCCGCGAGAAUUUCAAUGCUCGCAAACGUCUGCGCAAGGCUAUCAACGUGGUUCGUGCUAUGAACACCUUUCGCGACCUGUAG